AACAAAAAACCCACAAAAUAAUGCAGCAGCAACAACAGCGUCGAAUGUUCACAGCUGCCCUCCUGGCACUUGUUUUCCUUCUGGCAGCUGUGAGUACCACAGAGGCCGGCAAAAAAGAGAAACCAGAGAAAAAGGCGAAGAAGUCUGACUGUGGGGAAUGGCAGUGGAGCGUCUGUGUGCCCACCAGUGGUGACUGUGGACUGGGAACGCGCGAGGGCACUCGCACUGGAGCUGAGUGCAAGCAAACCACCAAGACUCAGAAGUGUAAGAUUCCCUGCAACUGGAAGAAGCAAUUUGGAGCGGAGUGCAAAUACCAGUUCCAGGCCUGGGGAGAAUGUGACUUGAAUACUGCCCUGAAGACUCGAACCGGGAACCUAAAGAGAGCCCUUCAUAACGCUGACUGCCAGAAGACUGUCACAAUCUCAAAGCCCUGUGGGAAACUUACCAAACCCAAACCUCAAGAGUCCAAGAAGAAGAAAAAGGAAGGCAAGAAACAAGAGAAGAUGCUGGAUUAAUGGAGCCAACUUGGGCAAUGUGAGAAAGGGACAUCAGCAAACAUGAUCAGUUAACAGUUUCAUUUAUACCUAGGCAUUUUAUCCUAAAAUUAUUUAUAGCUUAAUGGUACCAUAGAAGGAAACAAGCAAACAGAAAAAAAAAUCCUUUUUUUAUUACUUUAGUAUUUUUAUGUAUAACCCUAACAACAAUUUUUAGAGGCCUGUAAGAAAGGACUCCAAACUUAUUUAGAAAAUUAUGUCUAUUGUAUAUUGAACAAUGUAGAGGUUUUUAAAAUAUUUUUUCCUCAAGUCUUGCCACAGGUCUCGAUCUGGUAAUUACUCCAUGCAAGCAGAACCUGAACCUGUGUGGAGCUCUGCUGAAGCCAGUGGUGCCCUUUGUGAACAUAGGAGAUUGGCUGAAUGCAAUUGUAUUUACGAUUGGGACCUUAUACCUGAAAAAAAAAACCAAAAAACCAGACUUGUUUCUGAAGUUCUUAUUACAUUUGGAUAACCAUAUGAAAUUAUUUGUUUAAGGAAAGAAUGGGGGCAUUUUGUUGACUAUUUACAGGCAUAGAUUUUUUUUGGAUGUGGCAAAUGUUCAUGCCAAAAUGCCACCAUCUCCAGGUAAAAGGCAGUAGCACUCCUAUCCUUGGGCAUAUUGUGUAUUUUUGCAGGAAAAAUUCUGAAAUCUUUCAACAGUUGGACAUAGAAGAGUCCUAAUUUUUCACAAUUUUCUAGCAAUGAUUUUUCCAAGUGGAAUGAUAGCAAAAAUUUGCAUUUUUUAGCAUAUGACUGCUGGUGGAUUUAAGUGUCCUCUGUUUUAUCUAUAAAAGAUGAAAAAUGUUUUCUUUUAUUUGUUUAUUUUUCCAGAAAUGGAGAAUAUCCUUUUUUGAGAAAUCCAGCUGAAAUUGUUGCGAUUCAGCCUGAUCCAACUCCCUUUUGUAUCAUUGAGAAUCUUCCUGUUGAUUUUAAUUAUAGCUGGUUGAAAAGUAGUAUGUUUGGUGGGAAGUAACAGAAAAAAUCUGUUUGGAAAUUGCCUGAGAUAGUUCAUGUUUUUGACCAAAAAAGGGGCAUAUCAUAUUUGUUAGCAAAGCAGAGGGAAAAUAUAAAACUAGUACCUUUUGCUUUCUUCCAUUUCUAUAUAAGCAAAAAGAUCUUGGAAAAGCCUAGUCAAAAUAGAAAUAGUUCUGUGAUUUUUAAUUUUUUUUUAAAUGGUGUGCAGGGAAAAAAAAUAACCAGCUGAUUUUCAGUUUGUUUAAUUUUGUCUAUUUUAAAUGCUAAUAAGUCUUGAGAAAAGUCAUAAAGUAGAAAAAAGAUCUUACAAAGGGCUGGUCUGUCCCCAGAUAAUGGGAUUUUUAACAAACUAAACAACCAGCAGACCAGACUUUUUAGAGGAAACAGAAGGGAUUUCAGUGCCCAAAUUAAUUUCAAAAUCAUCGCUUUUAAAUUCUGAAAGUUAAAAUUGAACAGCAAGAAAUAAGCUUUGCUGUUUGCAUAGGCUGCAGGGUUGCCUGCUGCUCAAGAGGAAUAAUCUCCCUUGUACUGCUAUGGGUACCCACUGACUUCAGCGAAGCUGCAGCGGGGUGUGUUCAUCUGAGUAAAUCACAUCAUUGCUCUCUUGGGAUUAGCUUGUAGACAAGCAGAGAGUCUUUUUCCAGACUAACAUCACUCCCCUUUUCUAUGCAAAAAAUCUGUAACAAUUGCAGAGCUUACCCUCUUAUCUCUCACCUGGAGGGUAUGGCUGAUUUGAACUCACAGUGAGGCAAGUCCUUCUGUAGACGUUCCCAAGCCCUUUUGAAGCCAGCUAGCCAAGGCUGCACAUAGCUCAAGGUAGACUAGCCACACAAUUAUUUUCCAGACUCCUUGGGUGUGUUUUGCAGUCCAUGUUGAUGUCCUUGAUAUUUUGACUAUGCUGUUAGACAUACCUGAGCCAGUGGUGUAGUUAAAAAUGUCCCCAAUGUGUGGUGGAUAUGCAAUGACCAAAUCCAAAAUCAUAAAGGCUCAUAUUUGGGUGGUUCUGGGUGCUAUUUGGUAUGUUCAUGGUCUAAUCAGGUCUACCUGUGCUUGUGCCUCAGACUUAAACUAAUGGAUUGGUAGGUCUGAUUGAAAACAAAGGGAGAAAGAAGCUUUUACACUCACCAAAGGUUUGUCUGUCUAAAUGCUGCAUCAGUUCACUUAAAGUGAUUCAGCUUUGAGUGCAAACACUGUUGCACCAUUGUCUUACACUGGUUAAUCUAGUCCAUGUUUCAUAUGGAGCUGGCAGGGGUUGGGAAUGAUGCUUAGACCAACAGUUUGACUAUCCUUUAGCAAACUCUAGAUGUGACUUCUGAUUUUCACCUCUGUGAGUAAGAAGAAAAUAAAUUCCCCUGUGUUUCCUCUGACAACUUAUGGCCCUUAUGAUUAACUGCCCAUCUGGCUUGUUAAAGGAACAUUCCUGAUAUUUUUUGAAGGAGGCCAGUCAAGUUCCUAUGGUGGUGUAGGGCCUCCAUGAAGAGAGUUUACAGGAAAUGAAGAAACAAAUAAAAGCAUACCAUUAGGACCAGAAGAAAGUGCAGCAGUCCUGAUAGCAAAGGGUGUGAAAUAGGAGAACACUUCCUCUGUACUGCUUAGCCACAUAUGUUUGGAUCUGUAUUGGAAUCUUGUUGUUGACAAUAAUUGGAGUUGUAUCUGUCAUAGUUUAAAAACAAUGAAGAAAAUUUCCAAGAAACCAGCAGAAAACGUUCUGUGGAAACUCUGGUUAUGAAGGACAUGAUAAAAGUAAUUCAUGGCAGAACACAGAGGAAGAUUGAAUAGAACAGGUCAGUCAGGUCAGCUCUGAAAGAAGGUACCUGGUACCUAACAGGAGCAGUUGCUUCACUAGUGACAUUAUCAAGAAAGCAUGAGGCAAGUAAUGGAAGAACACCUCUUCCCACCCUUUCUUGCUCAGUUUCCACUUGAGUCAUUCUGGAAUUUCUCCUUAUUUGCAUUCUAAUCUUUUAUCCUCCCUCCUUUGGGAGGGCAACCUUGUCUGACAGUGCUGUGGGGGUGGCUACUUCAGAUGAAAUAUGUAUUUUACCCUCUUGGUGCUAUCCUGUUACAAUGGAAAAUGACUUAGCAUAGAUGUGUUGCUUAGCUAGUUUAACUGACUGAAGCUUGUUUUGCGGAAGUCCUUCUCGAGAAGUGGUUUCCAUCUUCAUUUGCUACAGCUAAAAUACAGUAUGGGGAGAUGAUAGAAAUCCCCCAAAUGACACCUUUUUCUGAGUGCUCAAGUCUCUUAGAAAAGAGAGGGGAGAGUUGCUGAACAUCAGCUAAGGAUGAAUCGGCAUCCAGACUCUGGCUUCUAGCAAGUUUAAACUUAGGGGAAUGUGGGUGUAGCUCUCUUCCCUUCCUCUAAGUAGGUUGAGCCAUGCUUCUAAGCAAUUAGGCCUGUCUGUAUCUUGAUUCAAAACAUUAUUUGAGGUUUGGUGCAUUUUCUGACUUUGACAGGUCUCCUGACAGAAGUGCCCAUAUUGAAAGAGAAUGGCAACCUAGCGUAUUUAACAGACUAUUAAGUGCAGCAAAACUAUAAGGCAAGGCUACAGAAAGGGAAAACAUUUGUUGUACGUGCAAGUAGAUACUAAGUUGUAAUGUACAAGUACUCAUCUUCUAAUUCCAUAAUGACAUUCUGGAUUGUACUGUUUUUCAAAGGGGAAAUAUUAGGAGAAAUGAAAGAAUAAUAAUUAUAAAACAUAUCAACAGACAGUGUUGGAGACUUUGUCAAGAAGAGACAGAAAUGAAGUCAGGAGCAUUUUAUACAAACUUCCUUUGCAUGUUCCUUGAAUAGGGAAGGCUGGCACAUUUGUUUUUAUACUUUGAUUUGUGCCUUAAUGAACACUAAUCAGAUGUAGAAUGUUACAGAGAAUAAAGUCACACUCCAACCUCAAUACAACCUGUCCAACAGGAGGCAACAUCAAAAGGAGACACUACUAUGCUUUUUUUUUUGGUUUAGGAGUACAAGUUGUGAUGAUGUUUAUAGGAGAAAACAUAACGUAUUUCUUUAACUUUGGUGUCGGUCCUUCAUCACUUGGUAAGUGGCAAUGGACAAUUCAAGUAAAAGGCCAGAACAUUACGAUGAACUAAGUGGAAGUGAAUACUCAUGAAGACUGUUUAUAGAAACAGGCCUAUAAAGUCCCUGAAAAUAACCAUGCUGCUAUCAGGGGGUGUCUGAAGAUAAACAUUGUGUAGCAUUCCCAUUUGUUUAAUGGAAUCCUUUAACAUAUGAUGAAAUUUAUCUGAGUUUCCUUUGUCUAAUGUCAAUUAUGAGGGUGGGACAAAAGCCAACCUGACUUUCCUUCAGUCUAGGAACUGCAACAACAUUAACAAUGUAAAUCUGCCACUUUUCUAAAGCAAAAUAUCGGUGAGGUACACCAUUUUAACAUGAUGCAGUAGUCUUUCACAUCUUCUAAAUUCUUAUAGAAGGGGAAGCAGUAAGUUAGUAGGGGUAGGUAUCUCAUCUUUUUAAACUUUCGAGGACAGUAUCUUCUGUGAAUUGCUGACUGUGUUCUCUCCUUUGCGGAGACAGAUUAUACUGUUGUCUGCCUUCCCCCACUCAUCCCUAAUUGUGAUAGAAUUUGUAGGUUUUCUGUCAAUUCUGCUGAGGCACUCUGCGUCUCAGCCAAAUUUCUGUGGAUAUUGUUGAUCUUUCCUCAUGCUUGAGGCUAUAUUCUCCGUUUCAUGCUGGAUUGUUGCAAAACAACCCCAGCAAGUCCCUACCAUCAGGUACCUCUCAUUGUGUCCUUCUAAGAUUAAAAAACAGAGUAGGAUUUUGUUAAUCAGAAGAUUAUAAAGAACAAGGAAAUAUGAGAAUGGGCAAAGAUAUUCCCUGGGUUCAGUGGGGGUUCUUGCUGCUGAAACCUUCAUCGUAGCUCAACCUGAUCGAGGCUUCCAUAGGGACAGAAAUGCAUCACAUUUGAUCGAAGAUUAGAGCCAAUGAUUAAAGAGUGUCUGCCUUCAAACAGAAAAACACCUUAGCUAGAUAAACAGUGGUAAGAAGCUGCAUCCUUUCCCACUGUGUCGUCUUUUAUCAUAAAAUUAAAGGGAAGAGACAUAGAGCUUCAGGGAUAGUGGAAAACUUGCCUGAGCAAAGUGGAGCACAGAGACAGCCUCUUCUACUCCAUGGCUGUUUGCAUUUGGAGAAAGUCUAGGUAGUAUUAUUCCUAGCAGCAGAAGACUUUGUGUGCUCAAGUGUAGUCAUUUUCUUAAUGUUCCUUUUCUGCUACUCUUCCAAGUGUCAGUCUGCCUUGUGGCCUCAUCACUUGGAUCUGAGCAGAAAUGAGAUAUUUCAAGGAAAAUAUGGGAAUUCAACUAUAUUGAACCAUCAUUAUCUCAUUGGUAGGGCUGAGCAUUCCUUUUGCCCAUUCUACAAUUUGCCAUUUAAAUGUGGAGUGUCUUGGGGUCCCAGGUGGCUAAAAUCUCAGUGGGUAUCUCCUAGACUUUAAAUCACUUGGCUUUGGGUGAGUUGCCUAUGAAAAAACUGUACCUACAGUUCUUAUUCCUUUCUUAGAAUAACAAACAAAACCCACAACAAAACUGAAAGCAUGUGUCCAAUGUAUGAAUUUAUGGAUGAGAUAAAACAGAGGCUCCCAAGUAUUCCCAUUUCAGAAGGUCAUUCAAAGGUAAAGACAGUACAAAAGCUUUAGCCCUGAAUUCUGUGAUGUAAAGCUAGGAAAAUGGAUAGCAUCUGCAGUGCUGUCUUACCCAUAGCCAAUUUCAUUCAAUUAAUUACACUGUUUGAAUUCCCUCACCCUGAUCUACCUGGCAACAAGACAUAAUUUAACUUUUAUCAUUAGGUCAUUCAUUACACUUCUCAUAUUAUACUUAUGUAGUUCAUCUAGAUUUUUACAGCUGAAGGAAACGGCUCUGAUAAUACAGAUUGUGUUGUGGUUACUGAGGGGACCUGAAGCAGAGACAGGCUUGGGGCUAGAAACCACCUAAUGAGGAUGUCAGCAUCAGACAGAGCAGCUCUCUGAAUACACACGCAUAGAUACUGCAUAUAUAUAUCCCCCCAUCUAUGGGGAAGCAAAGCUCCAUUAAAAAGUGCAUCCUUAACUCAAAUUGUGUCUCAUGACUAGUGCUGCCAUGUUUUCAAGCUAAAGUAGAAGGGAAAGGGCUUUUUUGUCCUGUGUUGUUAUUUACAUGAGGACGCAAGAGUAGUAUCUAGGAUGAAAAGCUAGAUUUCUUGCCACUCGCUGGCAUAUCAGUUUAAGGAUAGCUGUGUCCAAGGAAAAUGCAAAACAUAUGCCAAUAAAAUGGCCAAUGGGACUUAGUAUCAGAGUGAUGUUCUCUUCUGUCACACCAAGUACAUGGAAGGGCUUUGUCUAAAGCUUCAAGGUGGAUGAACAGCUUCAGUUAGGUGUGAACAUACAAACCCAGGCAGAAAAAGGCUUUUCUCUGCCAAUAAUAAGUGAGGAAAAUGGGAAAAAAAGAUGGGAAAAAAAAGUAAAACAGAAAUCAUCUUGAUACUUGUAGUUUUAGUGUUAAACAGAAAGAAGGAAUGAAAGUAAAAAUAACAAAUUAAAGCCUGGAUAUCACAUUCAAUCGAUUUCUAAUUCUGUAUAUAUCUAUUAAACCAGUGCUAUAUGAUAUCUUCUCAUGGGUUACUAUCUUUUUCCUGUUUCUUUUCCUUUUUUUUUUUUCAGUUUGUAUAUUGAUUUUGUAAGCUAGGAGUGUGUUACCUUUUCGAUUUUUUUAAACUUGUAUGAAAGCCAUAUAUCCAUAUCGUAGAAUGAAAGCAUUAAUCCUGUAACAUCCCGUAAUGUUUCCCUUAGCUCUGUGGGAUUGUGGGAGGCUCUAGCGAAUGUAUAUGUUUACCAAUUGUAUCAACAUAAUUUACUUGCUCUUAGUGGCGAUAAAGAAUUAAAUAAACUAAUACACGGAAGUGUGGUGUUCUCAUUUGGUUGUGGAAACUGUAGGGGACAUACGAAGUUUCUUAAAUUAAUUCCAAGUAUUCUUAAUGGUCUUUCUUUAUUGUACUUAUUUCCCAUCAGUGUUGCUUGUCACAGAAACACUUUUCUUUGUAAAUUCAGAAAAAAGUUUAGACUAGGAAGAAAUCUACCAGAAAAUACUAGCAGAAAACAGCUCUUUGGUUUGUGUAUAGUGAAGUCUGUCCUGAAUUCCUGACACUUGCCAGUUCUGUAAAGCAACUUGUUUUAGUAUACAGUUAUUUCAACCUGUAUAAUAUUGACACAAUGAUGGGUUACAGAUCAGGAGUUUGACGUUUUGUUUUGUUUUAUUAAUUUGUCUAUCAGCUAAGCAGUGGGAAAACCUUAUUCCCAGCCCUGUCAUGCUCAGCUGUUUUACUUUAACAGUGACUUUAAUGAGUGUACGUGUUUGGUGAGAGAUGAUUAAGCCUCAAAAGUAGAGCAAAGAAAUUAAAUUACAUUAAUGGACAAAAUAAAAUUAUGCAGAAAUUCA